UGCUUGUUCAAAAUUCAAGACCUAUUUCAAUUUCUCCAGCGAGCAAUCACCUUUGACCCUUUUCUUUUUAAAGAUGAUGAAGAUGACGAAAGAAUAAAACGUUUGACAAACCCGGUAGAGAAUAAAGAUUCAAUAAACAAAUGUAAUUUUUUUGAAACCAAUUUAAAUGUGGAUGAAGAAAAUAAGAAUUAUCAUAAUUUCGUCUACCUCCUUAACGAAAGAGAUUAUGCUUCAUCUGAAUAUAUAAAUAAUUAUUAUUGUAUUAAAAAAAUUAAUUUUGAUAAAGAAUUAUGUAAAAAUAUUGAUAUAAAUAUACAAUUACAUAAACUAAAAAAUGUCCUAUUCUCAUCUUUACAAUUAAUUGAUUAUUUGUUACAAGAAGAAAAAAGUUAUGAAAACCAUUUUGUAAAUAAUAAUUUUGAUGAAAAUGAUGUAGAACAAAAUUUCUUAAGUACACUUAUUAAAAAUAAAACCAAAAAAAAAAAAACAGAUAAUAAUAACUUAUAUAAAACAAAUAUAUUCACAGAAAGAAAAAAGUGCAAUAAUUAUGAACAUGUACAAUAUGAUGAUAUAUUAUCAGGAAAUAAUCCAUGUAAUAAUAAUGAUAAUACAUUUUAUAAUACCAGAAUAAAUAAGAACGAAGCAAAUUAUAAGAACUCUGAAGAAGACAGUAAUAACAAUAUAAAUAUAAAUAAACUCUGGGACAUAUCAAUAGAUGAAAUGAACAUCAAUUUAAGUCGUUCAUCUUUUAGUUUAACAAGCGAUGUAAUACAAAAUGAAGAAAUCAGAACAGACGAAGACUCAAAUUUUGUUUUCUUCUCAUAUGACAUAGAAAAAUUUAAGUAUUAUUUAAAUUCAAUCAAACAAAAUGAACACGUAAAAAUAAAAUUAUUAAUCUAUAAAAAUGAAAUAAUGAAACAAAUAUAUAAAUUUAAAUUAUAUAAUUAUAUUAUGAAAUUGUUACAUAAAGAAAGAAUUAAUAAUUUUGCGCUAUACCAUAAUAAGGAACCUUUAAAAUGUAAAUCUAUAGAUACAUCAAAAGGGAAGAAUAGUAUAAAUAAAAUAUCUGAUAUUUUUAAUAUUUUUAAAAAAAAUGUAAACCAUACAAUAAAUUCAUGUGCUGAACAUAAUGAUGAUAAUCAUAAUAAUGAUGAACAUAAUAAUGAUGAACAUAAUAAUGAUGAACAUAAUUAUGAUGAACAUAACGACGAUUAUCAUAAUAAUUAUUAUUAUUAUAAUAAAAAUAAACGUGUUCAAAAUGUUGAUGAUACAAAUAUAUUUAUUAUAAGCUGGACAAAAUUUAAAUAUGCCUACACACCUAUAGAUAUAAUAAAAUAUUUCCUAAUUAAUAAAAACUAUGUACUCAUAAAAAUAUUUUAUAAAUAUUUUAAUUAUUUUAUAAAACAAAAUUGGAAAACUAUCUUUUAUUAUAUUCCAUUGAAUGAAAGAAUAGAAAAUUAUUUUUUUCUCUUACCAUUAAUAAAUAGAAAUAUUAAUAAUGAAAAGGAUUAUAAGCUGCAGAAUCAAGUUAAUAAUUAUAACGAUCAUAAAGACAAGUUGAGAUCUAGCAAUUCUUUUAUAGAGGAAGAUAUAAUUCGUUGUGAUGAAAAAAUAUACACGGAGCAGUAUAUUUCAUCUACCCUAGUAGAAAAAAAAAUGGACAAUAAUACAAAUACACAUAAGGAUAAUAAUAAUAAUAAUAAUAAUAAUAAUAAUAAUAAUAAUAAUGAUAAGGAAAAUAUAUAUAAGGAUAGUAAUAGUAGUAGUUGUAUUAGUAGUAAUAAUAAUUUUGAAAUGUUAAACCCAAGAGUAAAUGAAAAUCUUAUAUCGUUGCUUUCUUAUGAAAAUAAGAACAAAAAGACCUACGAAUUAUAUGAUAUUGAAUGUGAUGAAAACGUGUUUGUUGAAUUCUUUCUAAACAGGUGUAUAAACAUAAUAAAAAAAACACACUUAAUUAAAAGUAGAUUAUUAGAAUUUGUUUAUAUAUGUCUAAAACAUUUAAAUGGAGAUAACAUAUAUGAAAUGUUUGUGUACGAUAAUAUUAUGAAUAAGUACCAAUACAACGAACAUUAUUUUUUGAGCAAUUCAUGUAAUAAGAAUAAUGAAAAGGAUAAUCAUAAUCAUAACCAUAAUGAUAACCAUAAUCAUAACCAUAAUCAUAACCAUAAUGAUAACCAUAAACAUAACCAUAAUGAUAACCAUAAACAUAACCAUAAACAUAACCAUAAACAUAACCAUAAUGAUAACCAUAAUGAUAACGAAAGAGAUAUAAGAAAAAAUAUAAAUUCAUCUGAAACACAUAAUGAGCACACGAACCAUAUGGUUAAUAUGAAAAAUAAUAAUAAUGAAUAUGAUUAUGAUAAUAAUAAAUAUUAUCAUAAUUGUAAUAAUAUUAAUAACGAAUAUAAAAGUGCACUAGGAAUAAAUGAACCCAUCAAUAUUAACGAUAUAUCUUUUAUUAAAAAUUAUUUAAGGAUAGAAUUAAAAAAAGAUAAUAUUAAAAAUAAAAAUAUCAUCCUUAUAUAUAGCUUGUUCAUUUUAAUAAAAAUGUAUCUAGUAUGUAAAGAAAAUAAUAGGAAUAUAAAAUUUGAAGAAUUUAUACAAUUGAAUAUAUAUAAUAAAAUGUGUCUUAUAUUAGAUUUCGAUAUUAAAUAUUUAUCAUAUGAAGAUGAUAAAAAAAAUAAUAUAAAAUAUUUUUAUGAUAAAUUAAUAGAUGUAUUAGAAGAAUAUAAAUAUAUAGAUGAACAUAUAAAAUAUACAAGUUGUUAUGUAACAUUUCAUAAAGAUAUAAUUUAUUUAAAUUAUAAAAAAUCUAAUAAUUUUUUAGAUUCCUUAUAUAUUAACAUAUUAUAUACAUCCAAAGAGUUCUUUAUUAUAUUUGUUUUAAAAACAUUAAGGAAUUUACAAUGUAUUAAAAAAGAUUCUUUAAAAAAAAAAAAAAAAAAGACAAAGACAAACAAAAUAUACAGAUAUAUGAAUAAAAAUAAAAAAAAUUUUGAUAGUACAUUAAAUAAUUAUAAAAAAAAAAAAACAACAGAAGUAGAUAAAAUAUUAAUUUUUUUAAAAUAUAUAUAUUAUGCUUAUGAUCAUAAAAUUAUAUUUAAUGAACAUUAUGAAUAUGUUUUUUUCUUUUUAAUAAUCUUUUAUAAAUAUAUAGAGAUCAAUUUGAUACAUUUCAUAUCUAUAUUUAAUGAUUUCUAUAGCCUUUUUCCAAGACGAAUAUAUAUAAGUUGUAAACAAAGUUAUGAUAUGAUAAAUAAUAAUAUGAAUAUAUAUUUAAACGAAUAUAUUUUACAACAUACGUUCAAACUAGGAGAUCUUUUUAAAGAAUACCAAGAUAUGAAUAUAAUUAAUUAUAAUAAAAUAAUAAUCUUUGAUAAAUAUAUUGAUUAUAUUAUAAAUUAUUAUAAUAAUAAUAAUAAUAUGAUAACACGUAAUAUAGAAAAUGAUAAUUUUAACAAAAAAACACGAGAAUCAUGUGAUAUUAAUAAAAAUGUAUUUGAAAAAUGUAAUGUAGAAAAGAAAGAACAGUAUGAUGAAAAUCAUAAGAAUAUAUCCUUAUCGUGUGAAGAAAUUGAAAAAUAUUUAGAUGUUUUUGAAAAACAUUUAAAUUCCUUAGAACUUAUUAAAUAUUUUAAAAAAAAUAUUAUGAAUCCUAAUGAUGAAGAAUUAUUAAAUAUUAAUAUAGAUAUGAUUUUGAGUUCAAAUUAUAAUAAGAAAAAAAGUAUAUUAUAUAUGUUUAAAAUAUAUAAAAUAAUUAUUUUAUAUACUCAUCAUAAUAAAGAUAAUAAUUUUACAAAAAAUUGUAUACAAUUAUAUUAUAAUUUAUUUUAUUCAGUACAUCAUGAUAUAUCAUUAUUUUUUUUUAUAUUUUUUUAUAUUAUUUUAUUUUUUUCCAAUGAUUAUAAUUAUCUUUAUUCCUUUAUGAAAUAUUAUUAUAAAGAAUAUAUAGAACACAUACAAAGUGUAGCAAAUAACAAACCAUCUUAUUAUAAGGAUAUGAUAAAUUAUUUAAUAACAAAUAAAGUUAAUAAUAUUACAAUAUAUGAUAAUGAUUUUAUUCAAUUUUAUAACUUUAUAAAAAAUAUGUAUAAUACAACAACUUCUGAAUCAUUAACCCUUUUUAUUGAUAUACCUGAACACAAUGAACACAUUUUAACAAAUCUAAGAAUAUUAUAUUAUAUACAAAACAUGAUGAAAAAUAAAAAAUGUUUAUUAUAUUAUGUAGUAUCACCCAUUCAGCAUUAUAAUAAUAAAUCUAGUGAUGAUAUAUCGAAAGGUAGGAAUAUGGAAUUACCAUCUUAUUCAUCAAAUGAAGACCUUAUAUAUAAAUCCUUUUCUAAAUUAAUCACAAAAGGAUAUGAAAAGACAUAUCAUAAAAAUAAUAAUAUGAUUAGUAAUGAUAACAAUAAAUCAAAUCAAAAUAAUAUAAAGAAUAAUUUAUUAUCUACACAAAUGUGGACGACCCAUUCUUUUUUUAAACAAAUAUACUAUGAUACAUAUAUAAAAAUAAAAAAUGAAAGAAACAAAUUCUCUAUUUUUAAAAAUAUUAUAGAGAAUGAUUUAAAUAAAAUAACAAAUUAUAAAAAAAUUUUACAACUCUUAAAAUUGUUACAUAUAAUAAAUAGUGAUCAAUUAAUAUAUUGUAUUAUUUAUCUUAUAUAUAUUAUACAAAUAUAUAUAAAAAAAAAAAAAAAAAAUAAAAAUAAUAAAAAUAAAAAUAAAAAUAAUAAAAAUAAAAAAAAUAAUAAUAAUAAAAAAAAUAAUAAUAAUAAAAAUAAUAAUAAUAAUACAAAAGAAAAGGAAAGGGAAAAGGAAAAAAAUGAAACAUUAACAAGCCACUUAUCUUUUUAUUUAAUACUUUUAAUAAUUUUAUACCCAAAAGAAAAAUUUAAAAAUACUUAUAAAAAUUUCCUGCAACAAACAAUUUUAUUUUAUAUGAACCAUUCAACAAAAAGUAUAAAUUAUAUUUAUAAUUUUGUUAUUUUUAUAUAUUCCUAUUUCACAUUAAAUUACAACCUUUCUAUAGAUAUCUUGUAUAAAUUAUUUUUAAAAAAAAAAAAAAAAAAAAUUCAAAACAUUAAAUAUGGAGGACACAAUCAAAAUGGUACGUCUAUUCCAUUAGAAAACGUAUAUCAAUUCCUAGGAAACAACAUAAAAACUAUGAAACAAAAUUAUGAGAAAAAACAUUUUGUAAAUAAUGAAAGCAACAACAAAAACAUAUCUAUAAAUAAUUCUCAAAAUACAAAAGCUAGUAAUAUUCCAAACACAGAUCAUAUAAAAAAUAUGUUUAAUAAUAUUAAUGCAGAAAAUAAUAAAAGUGUCUAUAUGGAUAAUUUCUUAAAUACAAACAUAGAGAAUGGAAAUAUGAAAAAUAAAAAUUAUCACACGAAUGUUGAUAAUAAUGAUAAUUAUGAUGUUAAUUAUAAUCAAUCAUUUCCUCAACAGAAUAAAGAACAAGUAUACAACAACACAAAAAUAUUAUUAGACACAAAGAAUGCAAAUAAAUCUUCUAUUGAACAACAAGAUUAUGAACAAUAUACUUAUUCAAAAAAUAUAAGUAAUUAUAAUAUACCUUCACAUCAAAAUUUUUAUUAUUAUGAUGAUGAUGAUUAUGAUGAUGAUUAUGAUGAUGAUUAUGAUAAUGAUGAUUAUCCAUAUUAUCCAUUUGAAAUAGAAAUUAACGAAAGCGAUGUUGUAGAAACAUGUUAUGAAACAGAUAUUAUAUCAAACCAUUCGUCUAAUGAACUAAAUAACCAGAAAUGUACAAAUAUGGAAAAUAAUUCAUUUAGUGAUGAAGAUAUCGAACGUAUUAUCAACAGUCAUCACGAACAAACAAAUAAUACAACAUCAUCCCUAGGAAGUAGUAGUAGUAGUAGUGAUAUAGAUAUGAUGAAAACUAGAACUACUAAUAUAAAAGAAAAAAAGAAAUAUAUAAAUAAUAAUAAUAAUAAUAAUGUUAAUAAUAAUUAUUAUUAUUAUGACUAUUAUUACAAUAUCUAUGACGAUAUUGUAUCUUCCAGUGCUGAUGAAAAGACAAAAUGUGAAAUAUUAGAAAAAAAUAAUAAAUCAUUUUUUAAAAAAAUUACGAACCAUUCAAAUAUUUUUCAUUUUAACAAUAAAACGAUCUACGAUAAUGAUAAUAAUGCUCUAAUAGUUUUCAUAAAAAGGGUUCAAAAAAAAAUAAAUAAAUAUAAUAUAUCUAAAUGGAAUAUAGAAUAUAUUUUAAAAGUAAUUAAAAAAAUUGAACUAUUUUUCAUUACAAUUGAAUUAGAACCAAACAUGACAAAUGAUCAUUUUCAUAUGUACUAUUUUGAUAUACAUGAGGAAAAAAAAAAAAAAAAAAUUAAAGAAAGUCAUGAUGAAAAUAAUGUAAACGAUAAAAAUAAUCAACAAAAUAUCAUAUAUAAUAAAAAUAAUCAACAAAAUAUCAUAUAUAAUAAAAAUAAUCAACGAAAUAUCAUAUAUAAUAAAAAUAAUAAAAAAUAUGUCGCAAGUAAUCAAAUCAAAGAAUAUUUAUACAUGUCCUUAUUUUCAAACGAUAAUUAUUUUUGUCUUGUUCAUUUAUUAAAUAUUCAAGACUAUUAUACCAUUUGUCUAUAUAUAAAAAAAAUAAUACUUAUUAAUUCCAUAAGCGUUAAAAAAAAAAUUAAUAUCUUUAAUAUUAUCUUAUGGACCAUAUAUAAUUUUAUGAAUAACAAUAAAAAUAUUAUGAUGGAAUACAAAAAAGAUAAUAAUGGGCAUCAUGUGAAUGAAAAUAUAUAUGAACAUAAAUACGUACAAACAAACCAUUACAAUGAUAAUAAUAACAGUGUGAAUAAUAUACAUAAUUCAGCUCUGAAAAAUGUCAUAUGCAUCCUAGUGAUAAUAAGAUAUCUCUUAUGGAAUUUAUAUAAAAACCAUAUUAAUAAAAUUGAUAUGAAGAAACUUUUUUUUGAAGAUAAUUAUAAAAAACGUGUUGUAGAAAAGUUAGAAAAAAAAAAGUGUCAAGAAAUUUUAGAGAUUCUAAUAAAAAUUGUAGACAUAUCAAAAAUAUAUUUAUCCCACAUGAACUUGCAAUUAAUAAGAAAAGAUACUUUUAUUAUUUAUAAAAUAAAUAUCAUGCACCCAACAAGUCAUACCACUAAAGAAGGAAAUCAUAUCCAAAAUAAGGAUUUGAAAUAUAAAGAAAGCGUGUCUCAUACAAAUUUUAAUAUAGAAAACAAACAAGAACAAUAUUUAUUUGAAAUCCAAACAGAAAAAGAAAUGUUACAACAUUUUUUUAGCAAUGAAAAAAAUAAUUUAUUACUUUAUAUAUUAAAAAAUAUACAUAGUUUAUAUUAUGAUAUAAAUUGUGUAUAUAAAAUAGUAUUUUAUAUGUAUGAAAUAUGUUUGUAUUAUUUAUGUUCUUCUAUAUAUUUUAUUAAAUUGACGUAUUAUAAUUUUAAUCUUGGCACAUUCUUUUCAUCUAUAUACAAAACGAUAAAAAAAAUGUCACAUUCUGAACUUAUAGCUAAAUUAAUAGAAUUGAGAUGUAUAUCUGUAUAUUUAAAUGGUUAUGUAAAUUCAAAGAAUAAUCAACCCAAGUUACUACAGGGCAAUAAAACAAAUGAACAUCAUAAUAAAAAUAUUUAUAAGAAUGAUAUACAAACGCAUAUAAUAAUACAUGAUGAACUUGAUAACACACAAAAUUAUGAACAUACACAGGAUACUUGUAUAGAUAAAAAUAUAGACAACCACAAUUAUUCUUAUGAUAUCGCAUUAAAUAAUAAGAGUACAUGUAGAGAUAGUUUAUUUAAUAACCCUUUAAUGAUUUUAUAUGAUAAGAAAAUUUUCAAUGAGUUCAAUUUUUAUAUAAAUGAAAUAGAUUCUACAGAUAUUACAUUCUACGAUAAAUGUAACGAAUUCUUAAAUAUAUAUAAAGAAAUAAAAGAGAGUGAAAUAUGGCCAAUAGAAAAGACAAAGAGAACAAAAAAUAAUAAUAAUAAAAUUAUUAUAUAUCAUAUGGAUAGGAAAAAUAUAUAUUCAUAUUGUAAGAAUAUAUUAAACGAAUUUAAUAUAAUGCCAUAUAUAUAUGAUCUUACAUUUAUUUUAAAUAAACUAAAUAUUCGUUUGCAUCCUUUUUUUUAUAUAUAUGAUAAAGAUUAUGAAAAUGUUAAAAAUAUAUUUGAUCCGACAGAAGAUGAUUAUUUAAAAUAUAUUUUACUUAUUAAAUUAAAAAACAAAAACGAUAUUAUGUUAUUAUAUGAAACUAUUACAGAUAUAAAGAAUAAUAUAUAUAUAUACUUUUAUUCAAACUAUUUCUUAUGUGAAUUAUUUAUAAAUUUUUAUGUCUAUCAUUUAUUUUUGAAGUUACAACAUGUAGAAAAUGAACUUGAUGAUAUUUGUAAAAAUCUUCUUGAUAAAUCUUAUAAUGAUAUAAGGCUUCAAAUGGAUAUAUAUUUUAAUAAAUUGUGUGUGGAUUUAUUAGAGAUAAAAAAAAAAGAAAAAAAAGAAAUUGAUCUAUUUUUUAAUUUUUAUAGGUUUAUGGAUAAAUUUAAUAUAUAUCAUUUGGCAAAAUGCCAAAAAUUAAUUAUAGAUAAUAUAUACAGAGUAGAUAUUUUAAUUUUUUUUUUAUUAUUCAUUCAAAAUAAAAAGACAACAAAUAAAAUAUCAUUUCAUCAAAAACGAAUGAUUCAAUAUAUAAUAGUAAAAAUCAUUUUACUAUUAUUCUUUUAUUUUAAUAAUAAUAAUAAUAAUAAUAAUAAAUGUGAAACAUUUUUGUCAUUAUGUAAUAUUUUACAUUUCCUUACUUCAUUUAAUGAACAUGAAAAUAGUAGUGUGUAUUCAUUAUGUCGUAUUUUAUGUGACACAAACAAGAAAGAACCCAAAGAAAAUGAUGAUAAAAAAAAAACAAAUUAUAAUUCUGAUGAGGAUCAUGAUGUAGUGGAACAUAAAUACAGUUCCAAAGAUAUAAAUAACAAUAAUAAGACAUAUGAGGACAAAAUGAAUAUUAUGCAUAGUUAUGAUUCCUUUAUGUUGGAUGAGGAUAUAUUUAUCGAUAAAAGUUUGGAAGUAAAUGAAGAAGAUAAUAACCACUACAGAAACAAUAGUAAUAGUAGUAAUAAUAAUUAUUAUGAUAAAAAUAAUAUAACGAUUACGAAUAAAAAUAUCUCCAUUAAUAAGGUACAAAAUGAAAACACAAAUGGAACACUUAUAAAAGAAAAAAAUUAUAAUGAUGUUAAGAACAACCCCUUUUCUCAAUUGUUUAUGAACAAAAACUUAGAUGAUCAUAAGGAUAAAGAUAUAAAUAACAAUAUUAAUGAUUUAACCUACGAUUUUAAUGUUGAUAAUAAAAUAAAUAAAAAAUCAUAUGAAGAAAACUUUAAUCAUACUCAAUCCACAAAAAUUAUUAAAUUUUGUCUACAUUACAUAAAUAUCAAAAAGAUUAUCACGUUAUUAAUUACAAAAGAAUUAAAAAGCAUUGUGUUCUUAAAAUUAUCAGAAAAUUGUAAUGUGCUAAGUAUAUAUGAAAAAUCAAAACAUAUGUAUACUUACUUAAAACGCUUGAAUGGACAUAAUUUUUUUGUAUCUCUUAAAAUAUUAAAUAAAUUGUUAUUAAAAAAUAGAAAGAUGAAUCAAAUAAAUUAUAUCAUAUAUCAUUUUUUUAUAACUCUACAUGUUGUACAUUAUGUAAAAAAUAAUAUGAUUAUGCAAAACAAAAAAGGCAAUACGGAAAAAAAAAAACAAAAAGACGAAAUUAGUAUAAAUCAAAACAUAUCAUACGAAAACACCUGUGAUGAUUAUCACUUUGAAUUUUUAAAUAAACAAAUUAGCACAAAUAAAAGCGGUAUGUUUAAAAAUGAACACAAAGAAAUUAAUAAUACUAAUGAUUUUGUACAUACCAAAAAGAACAACCUUUUUAAUGUAGACAAUUUAAUUCAUAAUAAAUUAUAUUUGAUUAAAAUAUUGAUAACUUUAUUAUUUAUUAAUUUGAACAACAUAUUCUUGCCAUCAAUAAAUAAACUAUAUUUUAUAAAAAACAAAACAUAUAUUAUUAUAAAGAAAGAAAAAAAUAAGAAGAAACACAUAAAAUUAAAAUAUGAUGAUGACAUAUCACACUUUAUAUCUUCUCUUUUAGAUUUUAUACAAGUAACAUAUAUAAAGGGAUAUGAAUUUAUAUAUAUAAAUUUAUUAUUAUUAUUAGAAUAUUGUAUUGAAAUGUUAUUAUGUAGUUGGGAUAAUAUAAAGCCUUCAAAUAUUUCGUACAUAUUGCUUCUUAAAAGAACACAAAAAAUUAUAACAGAAUAUAAUAAUGAUAGUUAUAAUGAUAUUAAUAGUUAUAAUAAUAAUAAUAAUAAUAGUAAUAAUAGUAAUAAUAGUAAUAAUAGUAAUUGUCUCCAGUAUUAUCAUAAGUGUUGUGUCUUAUCCUUUAUUAAUAAGCAAGAAUAUACAAAAUUAAAAAAAACUCUUAGCAAUAUGUAUCUUAAAAUAUUAAGGCAUUGUAACAACUCCAUACUUAUAGUAUGCAAAAUCAUUAUAGGCAAUAGACUUCUUAUAGAUGAUGAAUUGUAUUUAUUUAAAAUAAAAAAAUGUGAUAUUUUAUAUUUCUUUACUUGUAAUUAUUCCUUGAUAAAAUCUAAUAAAGAAAAUAUCUUAUUACAUAAUAUUGUACAUAAAAGACACAAAGACAAGAAUGUUAAAGAUAUAAAAAAGGAAACAAAUGAUAUUACUAUUUUUACAUCAGCAGAAAUUAAUGCAUUUAUUAAAACAUUGUUAAUUAUAAUAAAUUAUGACAUUCAUAAAUUUAAGGAUACAGAAUAUCAUAAAACUAUUGAACAAGUUAUUAAAGAUAAUGAUUGGUAUCUUAUAUAUAAUAAUAAUAACAAUAAUAAUAAUAAUAAUAAUAAUAAUAACACUUCAUCCGUAUUAACCUCCUCCUCAUCAUCAUCAUAUCAUUAUUAUUAUAAUAAAGAUGAAACUAAAAAUAUGAGCUUUCUAUAUAAUGAUGCUUUUAGUUCAAAUUUUGAUUCCUUUUCAGAUAGUGUACCUUCAACAGAAUGCAGCGAUUUAGAAUUUGGAGAUAUAUUAAACGAAUGUAAUAAUAAUAUGAAGAAAAAAAAUAAUAAUAAAAAUGAAGAAAAAUAUAAAGAUAAGCAAAUAUCAUUUAUGAAUAUUUUUAGCCCUAAUGAAUGGAAGAAUAAUAUAUAUGAUAUAGAUGAAAUGUAUAAUGAUAAAAAAAAAAAAAAUCUACAAGCAGAUUAUAUAGAAAAUGUAAAAAGGAUACAAAAUGAAGACUUUAUAAAACAUCCAAAUAAUACAUCUAAAGGAAUAGUAAACGAGGUAGAAAUUUUUAAUAAAGAUAUGAAUGAUAAAAUAGAUAAUAUAAAUAAUGAAAAAUAUAUAUCAUAUAAUAAUAGUUCUUAUUAUAAUGAGGAACAUGAAAAACAUAGAAAUAUAAAUAAUGAUAAUCUUAUAUUACAAGAAGAUAUAAAUAAUAAGGGAGGGGAAAGAAAAAUAAAUAAUGAUAAACAUAUGUAUUAUAAUGAAUAUGAUGAUGAAGAUUAUCAAAUGCACAUUUCAAAAUCAAAAGAUAUUAUUUUAAAUAAAUAUGGACAAGGAUUUUUAUCAAAUUUUAUAAACAAAAUGAAUUAUCAUAAUAAUAACAAAGGUAACAAUAAUAAUAAUAAUAAUAAUAAUAAUAAUGAGUGUAAUAAUAAUAAUGAGUGUAAUAAUAAUAAUUACCAUAAUGAUAGUUAUUGUAAAAAACAUUUUAGACAUAUACAUAAGAAAUCACAAAUGAUAAAUUUAUUAAAAUAUGUCAAGUUUAUUUUAAAAUAUUGGAAUAUAUAUAAUUUAAUUAAUGAAAAGAAUUUAGAAGAAUAUUUGUUAAUAUUAUUUUUUGCUAAUCAUUUUAAUUUUUUCCAAAAUAUGAUAAAAUAUAAAAUUAUAUUAAAACUAUUUAUUCAUAAUAAUUUACAAAAAGCAGAUGAACUCUUAGGAAAUAAAAGUAUGGUUUGGAAUUGGUAUAGAAAUACUGGAAAGAUUAAAACAAAUAUUGAAGAAUAUUUAAUCAAAGAUAUUUCUUGUAAACUUUUUUUUACUAAUAAUAAACAAGAUAAACUUUUAAAAAAAUUAAAUAAAUUUCAAUAUAAAAAUAAAUAUGAUCAAAAUAAUUUUUUUUUUAAAAAUUAUUAUCAUAAUAAAUAUAAUCAUAAUUAUAUUUCAAGUGUAUAUAUUCAAUAUGUUCAUUUCCUAAAAUAUAAAAACACUCAUAAAAAUAAUUUUUGCAAAAAUCAAAGCACAAAAGAAUAUGAUAUUAUUAUAAACAACAAAAAAACAGAAGAAAAUGUAAAUAAUUAUAAUCACUCCAUAAAUAUAAAUCAAACUGAAAUAAAUAAUAACAAAUAUGUUAAUCAUCAUAAAUAUUUUACUCACAAUAAUAUACCUCAAAAUAAUAGUUAUAUUAAUAAUAAUAAUAAUAAUAUUGAAUCUUAUGAAAAAACAAAAACACAAACAGAUUAUAUUCCUCAAGAUGAAUAUAAUCAACUACCAUUGUUUUUCUUAAGCUUAUUAGACCUUUAUAAAAAUACUUUUGAUGUCUACGAAUUUUAUUAUCAAUCCGUUAUUUAUAAAUUAUUGAAAAAUAAUAAUGAACAUAAUAUUAAUGAAAUUCAAAAUUAUGUUGAACACAUGAACAAAUAUCUAAAAAAUAAAUUAGCGUCCUAUGAUUUAUAUAUGAUGUUAUAUUAUUAUCAGUUUUUUACCUUUCAAUCUAUUUGUAAUGCUAACCAAAACUUUCUCAAUAAAAAUGAACAAAACUUAAUUGUAUAUAUGUGGGUAAAGCAUACGCAGGGACUUUUAAAAAAAUACAGGUUGAAGAGCACCAACUUUCCCAAUGUACAAUAA